UAGGAGUAAAUAUUCUCCAAAGGUCGGAGGACUAAACAAGAUAAAAUCCCCGACUUCGUCUUGUGAAAGCAGAGAGAGAGGCAAAGCUUUGUUCUUUUGAAACACCUCUUCCCCCUUUCGUUCUCUCUCUUCUUCCCCCUCUUUCUCUCUCGGCCCUCUCCGGAAUCAACGAGCUAAGCUAAUCACGGUAAUGCUCUUCGCUCUCGGUUUUUUAAAAUUUGUAUCCUUCUUCUUCGUGUAACCCCGCUUUUGAUUUCUCUUUCCCCUUCCCUCCAUUUCUAUCGAAGAUAACUUCCUCCUGCAUGCAUUCAUUGCAGGGUAUGCUCGAUUUCCUUCGACAAUUCUGCUUCUCAAUUUGAUGGGGUAUUGUUUAUUUCAGGUGAUCACCACAACCCAUCUCUUGAAAUGUUGUUGCUCUUUCCUCGUUGCUCAAUUUUGUGCUCUAUUCGGUUCUCUAGUUCUGUUACAAUGGGCAGAACUUGCUCUAGAUGCUCAAUUGCAUUUGGUUAACUGAUGACGAACUUGCCUUAGCUCUAGGGUAAUGUGAACUGGUGCUCAGAUUGUGAACGAUUGCUCUAAGAUGGCUUCCGUUUAGACUUAUGUACCAAUCAAUUGAUUUCCAUGGAUUAUGAUGUUUUGCGGUUAGUUGCUUAACAUUGUUCAUUUUCUUUGCUAUCUAUAUGUUCCAUGGAUCGAUUGCAAUCUGUAAUUGUGGUUGUAUCCGCCCUAAUCAGCUGAAAACUACUGUGCUUUGGUUUGGUUUUCUGGUUUUGGAUUAUCGAUCUCUUCAUUCUGCAAGCAAUGACAUUGAAGCUAGUUUGCUUCCUGAUGUAUCUUUACUUCAAAACUAGGCUAGUAGCUGAUUUGAGAGAGUUUGAAGUUCCUUGGAUCCAUUCCAAUCUGCAACGGUGGUUCUAUCUGACCUAAUCAGCUGAAAACUCUGUGCUUGGCUUUGGUUUUGUGCUUUUAGAUAAUCGAUUUCUGCAAGGAGUGUUGUUAAGGCUCGUGAUGUGACUCCAAUUUCUCAAAGAAUUUGAAGUCACUGACUUGCUGAUUAGUCUAUUGUAAACUUUUAAAUCUUGCUGCUUUAACAUUUCCUUGUUUGAUUUGAAUGUUGUUGUUGAUUAAGAAUAAUUUGAUAUCUUUCGUUCAGAUGGUUCAGCAAAUGAUAAACCCCAAGUUUGGUGAGUAUGGGUUGGGCAGAACCGAGCAGAACUUCUCUGCUGGUGGUGACAAGCAGUUUCCAGUUGCUGUAAAGAAAGCAGCUUUGAGAGAUGUGCAGAAUCAAAAUAGGGCUCACAACUUCAUCAGCAACUCUCCAUUGACUAAGAACAGUGGACAAAACAUGGAUACUAUCAGUAAGGUUUCUGGCACCAAGAGGCCCUCACCUGAGAGUCCAAUAGCACAUAAUCAGUCCCCAAAUGGUAAUGUUGCAAGUGCUCAACUUGUUUAUGUGCGUCGUAAAUCCGAAGCCGAAACGAGCAAGACUAGUGCCAACUCCCCUAAUCAAAAACAAGUUGGUCACUCUGGGGAGACCAACCAGCUAAAAUCACCGACUAAGGAGCAGCCUAAGGUUUCUCGAUUUUCAGCAUUAACGGCACCUAUGCCCGUUGGCACCACGAUAAGUACAUCUGGGAAGACCUCGGUUUCCCUUCCUAUAACACAGUCUAGUACUCCGAGAUUUGCAUCGGUGCAGUCCACUUAUCAUCCCUUUCCUGCUUCUUCUGUACCUUUGUCUGGUAGUGGGAAUGGGAUGAGAGAUAUGCACUGGGAAGAACGAUAUUGCCAGUUACAAGUUCUGUUAAAGAAAAUUGAUCAAUCGGAUCAAGAGGACUACAUACAGAUGCUCCAAUCUCUUUCCUCGGUUGAGCUUAACAGACAUGCAGUCGAGUUAGAGAAGCGAUCCAUUCAGCUCUCUCUGGAGGAAGCGAAGGAGAUACAGCGGGUGGCAUUCCUGAACGUACUGGGGAGGAAUCUCAAAGCACCAACCACAAUUCAGCAGAGGAAGUGAUGCGAAAGCCAGAGGGAAAUUACACCCUGUGUUCAUACAGAUUUCUUUCUGGUUAUAUCUACUUCUACUCUUACCACUAUGGUCAUCAUCCUCCUCCCAUUGUUCGAUCGACAAUUUUGCAAGCUGUUGUAUGCUAGUUCGCCGUGCUCUCUAUUUGUCUUUUGUAGUUCUUAACUGUUAGCUGUUGUAUAUCGUGGAAGUGAAGUGAGUUAUAAACUAAUUACAUCCAAGGAGGAAGCCAUGGGAGGAAAGUAAAUUAGGCAAUUUCCUAACUUGUUGAGACAGAUUUCAUGACUAGCUGAAAGCAAUUUGUAUCAGAUAGAAGUGUUGUUAUGGAUCUGAGUGAAUCCUUAACUCAUGGACAGUUUUUUGUGUCGAAAAUUCAGACAUGAUAUUAUUUUUCUGUAAUGAAAUGGCAGUUAUCAUUUUCUCGUUUAUCUGAUAAAACCAUUAGCAAACUCAAACGAUAUGAUAUGAACUUAAAUUGUGUAAACGUGCUGAUAUUUCUCAUAUUGAUCGUUGAUCUAGCUCCGCACUAAACUUGUGUAUCAAGCAGCCGGUGUUUGUUUGAUCCAUAGAACCAAUCUGAUAUCAUAGUCGGAUCAUAUUGAAUAUCAUUUGACUUGUAAAAAAAGAUGAAAUGAAGUCCAAAACUUUAA